CGCUGGAGCACCACCCCUCUGAGGUGCUGCUCAGUCACCAGGGGACGCUCCGAGGCUUCCCUGCAUCUCCAGCUCCCGCUUCCAGGACAUCUUCGCUUCGGUGCCCCCACCCCGCACCCGCGCUACCGAACAUGGCGACCGCAUUCGCGCCCUGGCAUGUGCGUCAGAACUACCACCCCGAGUGUGAGGCCGCCAUCAACAACCAGGUCAACUUGGAGCUGUACGCUUCCUACGUGUACCUGUCCAUGGCCUUCUACUUCGACCGUGAAGAUGUGGCCUUGAAGCAUUUCAGCCUGUUCUUCCUUCGGCAGUCGAACAAGGAGAGGGAGCACGCGGAGAAGCUGUUGUGGCUGCAGAGCCAGCGUGGCGGCAACCCCCGCCUCCGCAACAUCCCCAGGCCUGAGGAAGAGAACUGGGAGAAUGGCCUGAGGGUCAUGGAGUGCGCCUUGCAGCUGGCGAAGACAGUGAACCAGAGCCUGCUGAGUCUGCACCAGCUGGCCACCGAGAAGAAGGACGGCCACGUCUGCAACUUCCUGAAGCGUCACUACCUGCAUGAACAAGUGAUGUUCAUCAAAGAGUUGGGGGACCACAUCACCAAUCUGCGCAAGCUGGGGGCCCCGGAAUCCAGCCUGGCAGAGUACCUCUUUGACAAGCUCACCCUGGGUGACAGCAAGAACAGCUGAGCCGGGACUGCCUUCCCCAUAGCCGCGGGGUGACUUGCCCUGGCCACCGUGCCCAGCAUGCCUAUUGCCAUAUUGCC